GUAACAUCCACUAUCGGUGAAAGGAAAAUUCAAAAUCAAUAAUUUUAUUACAAAACUUAUUUAUUUUAGUUUUCUUUUUGUACUAGUUUUCCUUCUGAUAUGACAACUUGUGCAGAAUCAAUUUGUAAAACAUGUUUUCAAAACGAAAAAUUACAUAAUGAUAAUAAUAAUUGCCGUAGUAUUAAUAAUAUCAAGGAAUUUUAUAAAAAUUCUGUAAUUUUAAUUACGGGCGGAACUGGUUUUUUAGGAAAGGCAUUACUGGAGAAACUUUUAAGAUCAUGUUCAGAUAUUCAAACUAUUUAUAUUCUAUUACGUCCAAAACGUGGAUUAUCUACAGAUCAAAGGCAUAAAGAAUUCUUAGAGCAUCAUGUUUUUGAUAAAUUAAAGAAAUCGAAACAUAAUUUGUUGAAUAAAAUUAAAUGUCUACCUGGAGAUAUUACAAAAAAUGGAUUAGGAUUGUCAGAAAAUGACAUGAAAACAAUAAUUCGAAAUGUAAAUAUAGUUUUUCAUAGUGCUGCAACUGUGAAAUUUACUGAAAGUUUAAAAAAUGCAGGAAAUUUAAAUGCGUAUGGAACUUUACGUUUAAUGGAAAUUUGUUCACAAAUGCCUCAACUAAAAGUUUUUAUCCAUGUAUCAACUGCAUAUUGCAAUCCUGGAAGAAAAUAUGUCGGCGAGUCAGUAUAUUCUUUAAAUUCAUUUCUUGAUAAAAAUUCUUUUAUGAAAUGCAUAAGUAUUCUACCAAAUGAGGUUCUUGAUUUCACUGAAAAUCAGUUAAAAGGACCUCAUCCAAAUACAUAUACUUUCACUAAAUCAAUUGCUGAACAAAUUGUAAGUGAAUAUAGUUGCCGUUUUCCUAUAGGAAUAAUUCGGCCUUCAAUUAUAACGGCUGCUGUCGAAGAACCAUCACCUGGAUGGGUUGAUAAUAUUCAAGGAAUAACUGGCAUAAUGAUGGAAAUUGGGCGAGGAACGAUUUCAACGAUAUUGGGUGAUGAAAAUCUGAUAUGUGAUAUAAUCCCAAUUGAUAUUGUUGUUAACAGUAUGAUAGGUGCAGCAUGGGAUGUUGGAAAAUCAAAUUUAAAUUCAGUAAAAAUUUUUAAUUGCACAUCUGGUCAAAUACAGCCAAUUACAUGGAAAAGAUUAGGAAUAUACACAACCAAAUGGGCACGAAUGAAUCCAACAAAAUAUUUAGUAUUGUAUCCACGUUUUCGUUACAGUAGGAACAUUUUUAUUCAUCAUACAAUGUUAAUACUGCUACAUUAUAUUCCAGCAAUAAGUAUAGAUCUUAUACUGAGACUGCAAGGUUAUAAACCUAUUUCCUUCAAAAUAGCAAAAAAGUUGCAAGCUGCUUUACUCACAGGAAGCUUCUUUUCUUUACGGGAAUGGAUUUUUGAUAAUGAAAAUCAAAGAAAACUUUGUGAAACAAUUAGUGCUGCUACUGAUGGCGAAGAAUUCAAUUGUAACAUUGAAAAACUAAAUUACGAUGACUAUAUACGAAAUUAUAUGAUGGGUAUUCGGAAAUUUAUUUUGAAAGAUGAAGAUGAUAGCAUGUCAAGUGCAAGAAAAAAACUGGCAAGAAUGACAAGAAAUCUUAAUUUUCAAAGCAAAAACUUUGAUAAUGAUCAUGGCAAAGUCAACAGCAUCCAAGAAUUUUAUAAAAAUUCUGUCAUUCUAAUUACUGGAGCAACUGGGUUUAUCGGGAAAGCGUUGGUAGAAAAACUGCUAAGAUCGUGUCCAGAUAUUCAAACAAUUUACAUUUUAUUACGAUCAAAACGAGGAAUUGCUCCAGAGCGAAGAUAUCAACAAUUCUUAGAGCAUCAUGUUUUUAACCGAAUAAUACAAUGGAAACCUUCUUUAUUAAAUAAAAUCAAAUACGUCUCGGGAGACAUUAGUGAAAAUAGCUUAGGAUUAUCUGAAAAAGAUAUGGAAACUAUAAUUCAAACCGUAAAUAUAGUUUUUCAUAGUGCGGCUACUGUAAAUCUUAAAGAAAGUUUGAAAAAUUCUAUCAACUCGAAUGUAUGUGGAACAUUACGCUUACUGGAAAUUUGUUCAAAAAUGCAUAAAUUGAAAGUUUUCAUUCACGUAUCAACUGCUUUUUGCUUUCCAGAGAGAAAAUAUGUUGAAGAGUCUGUUUAUAAUUUUAAUUCGGUUCUUGAUAAAAAUUCAUUGAUGAAAUGCACAAACAUCCUAUGGGAUGAAGUUCCAAACUUUGAUGACAAUGAAUUAAAAGAACUUCAUCCAAAUACUUACACUUUCGCUAAAUCAAUCGCUGAACAAAUUGUAAAUGAAUACAGUUGUAAAUUUCCGAUAGGAAUAAUUCGUCCUUCAAUUAUAACAGCUGCUGUCGAAGAACCUACUCCAGGGUGGGUUGAUAAUAUUCAAGGUCUAACAGGAAUAUUAAUGGAAAUUGGUCGUGGAACAAUUUCAACAGUAUUGGCAAAUGAAAAUCUCAUAUGUGAUAUAAUCCCAGUUGAUAUUGUUGUAAAGAGUAUGAUAGGCGCAGCAUGGGAUAUUGGACAAUCGAAUUUAAGUUCAACUAAAGUAUUUAAUUGCACAUCUGGCCAAAUACAACCAAUAACAUGGAAAACUUUAAGAAAUUACACAAUCAAAUGGGCUCGAAUUAAUCCAACCAAGUUUUUGAUUUUAUAUCCACGUUUUCACUAUACAAAAAAUCUAGUUUUUCAUUACAUCAUUUUAAUAGUACUACAUUAUAUUCCAGCAAUUAUAACAGAUUUAAUAUCACUACUGCAAGGUUAUAAACCAGUUUCUAUGAAAAUAGCAAAGCAAAUUGAAGGCGCAUUACUUAAAGGAAGCUAUGUUUCCUUAAGGGAUUGGAUUUUUGACAACAAAAAUCAAAGAAAACUUUGUGAACAAAUGAAUGUUGCUACUGAUGGCGAAGAAUUCAAUUGUAGCAUUGAAACACUAAAUUACGAUAACUACAUGCUAAAUUAUAUGAUGGGUAUUCGGAAAUUUAUUUUGAAAGAUGAAGAUGAUAGUAUUCCAAGCGCAAGAAGAAAGCUCACAAUUAUUAAAGAGUUUUAUAAAAAUUCUGUAAUCCUGAUCACUGGAGGAACUGGUUUUGUUGGAAAAUCAUUAGUAGAAAAGCUUCUGAGAUCAUGUCCCGACAUUAAAAUAAUUUAUAUAUUGUUACGUCCAAAACGAGAAAUGACUUUAGAGCAAAGAUACAAACAAUUUUUAGAACAUCAUGUUUUUAACCGAAUAAUACAAUGGAAACCUUCUUUAUUAAAUAAAAUCAAAUAUCUUUCAGGAGAUAUUAGUAAAAUUGGUUUAGGAUUAUCGAAGAAUGAUAUGGAAACUGUAAUACGAAACGUAAAUAUAGUUUUUCACAGUGCAGCAACUAUAAAAGUUACAGAAAAUUUAAAAACUGCGACAAAUCUAAAUGCAUGUGGAACAUUUGGCUUACUAGAAAUUUGUUCAAAAAUGCAUAAAUUAAAAGUUUUCAUUCAUGUAUCAACUGCAUUUUGUUUUCCAGAGAGAAAAUAUGUUGGCGAGUCUAUUUAUCAUUUAAAUUCAUUUCUUGAUAAAAAUUCUUUGAUGAAAUGUACAAAAAUUCUAUCUGAUGAAGUUCUAAAUUUUACUAACAGUCAAUUAAAAGGACUUCAUCCCAACACAUACACUUUCACUAAAUUAUUAGCUGAAGAAAUUGUGAAUGAAUAUUGUUGCCAAUUUCCUAUAGGAAUAAUUCGUCCUUCAAUUAUUACAGCUGCUAUAAAAGAACCUUUCCCAGGAUGGGUCGACAAUGUUCAAGCGUUAACCGGCAUAAUGAUGGAAAUUGGUCGUGGCACAAUUUCGACUAUGUUGGCAGAUGAAAACGUUCUAUGUGAUAUAAUACCAAUUGAUAUUGUGGUGAACAGUAUGAUAGGAGCAGCAUGGGAUGUUGGACAAUCAAACUUGAAUUCAGUUAAAAUUUUCAAUUGCACAUCUGGCCAAAUACAACCUCUUACUUGGAAAAAUUUAAGAAUAUACAUAACAAAAUGGGCCCGAAAAAAUCCAACAAAAUAUUUAGUAUUUUAUCCACGUUUCCGUUAUACCAAAUACCCUAUUGUGCAUUAUAUAAUGGUAAUAUUACUACAUUACAUUCCAGCCAUAGUUAUUGAUCUUAUGUUGAAAUUACAAGGAAAUCAGCCUAUUUUCAUGAAAACAGCGAGAAAACUCCAGAUUGCUUUACGUGCAGGAAGUUAUGUUACCUUACGUGACUGGGUUUUUGAUAAUAAAAAUCAAAGGAAGCUUUCUGAUAAAAUUAAUGGUGCUACGGAUGGGAAAGAAUUUAACUGCAACAUUGAAAAGCUAGAUUAUGAUGACUAUAUACGAAAUUAUAUGAUCGGUAUCCGCAAAUUUAUUUUGAAAGAUGAAGAUGAUAGCAUGGUCAGUUCAAGAAAAAAACUGGCAAGGUGA